AUGGAGCAAGACCCGGUGCGAUCCGAGUUUCUGUUCUGCGUAACUAACAAGGCUAGGCCGAGCGACACGAUUAUCAAGUUAAGGGUCACGAAACCAGCCGGUGAUACGCAAACCCUCAAUAUCCAUCGCGGUGUCCUUUGCAAGAGCUCGGGCUUUUUCCGAACAGCUAUGAAGCCCGAGUGGACCAAGCUGAUAGAACAACCAGACAUCAUCGAUCUUCCAGAUGACUCUGUGCAAACGGUCAGCGAUUACAUUAGAUGGCUUUACUCUGGCAACAUGCCAAUCAAGCUAUACGACGCGGGCGAAGACUCACGUCAAAAGAAGGCUGAAGAAGCAGAGAAAGUCUUCGUCAUGCUUGCAGAAGCAUAUGUCUUCGGCGAAAAGAUCGUAGACGUUAAGUAUAAAAACGCAGUGGUGAAGACCAUGCUAGCGGCAAUACAGAGUGCUGAGUGGAAUUUGGGACCCAAGAGUGUCGAUAUUAUCUAUAAGGGCACUCCUUCCACAUCACCUCUCAGGCGCUUAGUUGUUGAUAAGGUCGCACGUUGGGCGCAUGAUGACUCGGAGGAAGGAGUUGGCUGGAUGGAAUUUUUCGAUGCAUAUCCAAGGGAAGCUUUGGUAGAUGCAGUCAAGGCCCUAGUGAGAGUACGCUCUAGACCUGAACACAAUACCGAUCGUUGUAUCGAUUCGUACCUUGUUAAAGAAUAA